CCACGAUGCACCCAGAAAGUCUGACUUCAAUUUCCUGAGAAGGCUGGAGCACAUUUUCUUCUUGAUGGCCGAACCGCUCACCCUCGAAAACUACAAGGCGCAGUUUGACGAGGAGGACCCUUUCGACGCUGAAGACAUGGAGGAGCUGAGCGACUCCGAAAACAUCGGUUUCGAGUCCAUGUCACUUCCUUGGGUGGUUGGACAGGUUAGUGAUGAAGGGGAAGGUGCUCCUCGGAGAUAUAGCACGUCCCCUGCCGGUUUGAAGCGUGUGUUUGAGCGCGAAACAGUCGGCGACCAAUUGUCUGAUGACGGGGAGGAAGAGAGAGACUAUGAUUACGAACUUUGUGGCAAUCUCCCUAGGGACCAUGAUACCUGGGAGAAUGACAGACUCUUCUUCUUCGGGAAGCAUCACUGGUUCACGUCGGAGGAUGUCUGGGGCCACAACGUCGUCUGGCACCCAAGGAUAUUCCAAUCUGCUGUAAAGACUGGAAAGUGGGUCAUGGCAAUGAAGGAAGCCGGUGGCAAGUGGAGUGGCAUGAACAGACUGGCAGCGGGUUCAUUUAAGAAAAAGGCGAGAGAUGUUGUGGUGGAGCAUUCGAGUGUUAUGAACCCCGAAAGGAGUUUUUCGGACGUCACUGCGUAUGCAAGCCAGAAGCUCCACGAGUUGUACAUUGACAAAUGUUGGAGUUUCGAGUGCCUUUCUACGCAUUCGAAACGACACCGUCUCGUGGCAUUGACUGGCGCAUGCCGCAACCUCCGUCGGACGGUCAGCAUCCGGGAAGCGGUGCAGGAGGAGACGAAGGAGACGAUGGAGGUGACAGAGGAGACGGCUCAUGAUUUGCCGGAAAGAGGUCGGGCGAAAUAUCGUCAGGAGAAAAGGCGUCCGGCGGAAAGGGGUCACGCGGGAAGGGGUCGGGCGGAAAGGGGUCGGCUGGAAAGGAUCGGGCGGGAAGGGGUCGAGAGGAAAGGGUCUCGAGUAGUGUUGGAGGGGCACGAUGCAGGAGUGUUGGAGACCGGGGGUGGCGAAUAUGAACGUCGUGCUUCGGAGGGUGUAUCCGUCGACGUCGAUAGCAAGAGUACAACGGCUCCUGGGGAAGAGGAGCUCUAUCCGGGAGCGCAUGCUGUACAGCGGGAAGAGGAGACUCAACACUGGCAGUCUCACAAACGGGAAGAGGAGACUCAACACUGGUCGGCUCACGAAGUCUUGAAGGGGCUCGACGCAGGAGUGCUGGUGACCGGGACGUCCGAAGAGGUUCUGCACAGUCGUUCGGCUGUGGCCACGACGCGAGAGGGUUUCGUUAAGGGAGGUCAGUGGACGCUCAUGGAAGCUCGGCUUCUUGGCGAUGAGGAAGGCAAAGAAGAACCCGUGGGGGAAGCGCGGGUUCAUGGCGAUGAGAAAGGCGGAGAACCCUUGGUGGAAGGCGGUGUGGUGGCGGUCGGCAUCCUGAUGGAUCCAGAGCGGAAAGAUGAUGAUUCUUUGCCCACUCGUUGCGGUGAAGAACAGGGUGAUCGAGCGUCUGUCCUCAGUACCGGUCGGAAAAUGAUACUUCAUGAAGCCAUCGAGUUGGGUGACGACUCAGCUGCCACCGAGCUGGUUAGCGACUCAGGCGUGGUCGAGGUGCAGAACGUCGAAUCCUCCGUGGAAGGCGGUGAGGUGUCCGUCAGCAUCCAGAUGGAUCCAGAGCGGAAAGAUCAUAAUUCUCCGUCCACCUAUUGCGGUAAAGAACAGGGUGAUCGAGCGUCUGUCCUUAGUACCGUUCGGGAAAUGGUACUUCAUGAAGCCAUCGAGUUGCGUAACGACUCAGCUGCCACCGAGCUGGUUAGCGACACAGCCGUGGCCGAGGUGCAGAACGUCAAAUCCUCUGUGGACGUUGGCACAAUGGCGCGACAGGAGGGUGAUUUCCCUCAAAGGGCUCCCGAGCACGAUAAGAUUUGUGAAUAGCAGCACUCGCAUAUCUGUCACUAGCCAGCUCUGUGUUCGUCCAAAUUGAUGUGAUGGGCUCAUAUACCUA